AUGGCUGAUGCUGGGUGUGGGGCCGGGGGGCCCCGGUGGGACCGGGCCGGUGGCGGCGUCCCGGCGCUCCGUCACCGUCCCCGCGCUCCCCCCGCAGCUCCCGCGGGCGCAGGCGGCGGCGGCCCCGAGCCGGGCUCGGAGAAGGCGGCGAAGAGGCCGGGCCGAGAGGCGGCGGGCGAGCAGGCGGCGCGGCGGCAGCACGGCGGGAGGAGCGGCAGGAAGGCGGCGGCCGACGGCGGCCCCAAGCCCGGCCGGUUCCGGUCGCUGGAGGAAGCGCUGAAAGCACUCGACGUGGCGGACCUGCAGAAGGAGCUGGACAAGAGCCAGAGCAUGUUCCCCGAGAACCCCUCCGUCUGGGUGAAGGACCUGGCCGGCUACCUCAACUACAAGCUGCAGGCGCCCAAGAGCGACCCCACGCUCAGCCAGCACGCCCACGAUUAUCCGUACUGCCUCGUGAACAAAGAGCUGAGGAGUGUCAUCAAAUCCCUGCUGGGAAAGUCUUCCAGCGUGCUGGAGCUCUUCUUCGACCACUGCAUCUACACCAUGCUGCAGGAGCUGGACAAGACCCCAGGCGAGUCCCUGCAUGGGUACAGGAUCUGCAUCCAGGCGGUGCUGCUGGACAGGCCCAAAAUCGCCACCGCGAACCUGGGCAAGUACCUGGAGCUGCUGCGGUCCCACCAGAACAGGCCGGCCAAGUGCCUGACCAUCCUGUGGGCGCUGGGGCAAGCCGGCUUCGCCGACCUCGCUGAAGGCCUGAGAGUGUGGCUCGGCGUGAUGCUCCCGGUGCUCGGGAUCAAGGCGCUCUCCCCGUACGCUGUUGCCUACCUGGACCGCCUGCUGAUGAUGCACCCGAACCUGACCAAAGGCUUCGGCAUGAUCGGACCCAAGGACUUCUUCCCCCUCCUGGACUUCGCCUUCAUGCCCAACAACUCGCUGUCGCCCAGCCUGCAGGAGCAGCUGCGGCGGCUCUACCCGCGCCUGAAGGUGCUGGCGUUGGGCGCGAGGCCGGAGGCAACGCUGCACACCUACUUCCCCUCCUUCCUGUCCCGCGCCACGCCGAGCUGCCCGCCUGCCAUGCGCAAGGAGCUCCUCGCCUCCAUGAGCCAGUGUCUGAGCGUGGACCCGCUGAGCUUCAGCGUCUGGAGGCAGCUCUACACCAAGCACCUCUCCCAGUCCAGCUUGCUCCUGAACCACCUGCUGGAGUCCUGGGACAACGGCAGCAGGAAGGUGCGGCAGUCCCUGCAGGAGACGGUUCGCUCGUUCAAGGUGACAAAUGAGGAGCUGGCAGCGCGGGGGCCCGGCAGCGAGCAGGAUGUGGCGGCGUGUGAGGCCGCCUGCAAGGUGCUGCUGCAGAAGAUGAAGGGCGGCGGCUUCCCCUGGUCCCGGCUGCUCCUCAUCGCCCUGGUCUUUGCCGUCGGCUUCCUCAUGCACGACGUCCGCACGCACGGCUCACUGCAGGCCUCCACUUCUGCUCGCGUGCUCCGCUCCUCCGGCAUCCUGUCUGCCUCGCAGCAAGCCUGGCAGAAGGCGUCCCACUACUCCCUGGAGGGGUACAGGUGGCUGGAGAGCACCCUGCCCGCCUGCUGCUCCCGCGGGGCGGCCGUCCUGCAGCCCGCUCUGCAGCUGCUCUGGGCGAAGACGGCUGAGCUGGCGCUGCGCGUCGCCGAGCUGUGCUCCUCGCACCUCUCCUGGGCCAGGGACCACCUGCCCUGGCUCCUCGAAUGGCUCCAGUCCCGGGUGCCCGAGGCCGUCCUGCACUUUGCCGAGUGCGUCAGGGAGCUGCUGCUCUUCCUGCUGCGGAGCUGCCUGCUGCCGCUGCUGGAGCACGGUGCCGCCGCCCUGCAGCGGGGCUGGGAGCACUGCCUGGAUGCCUGCCACGGCGAGGUGUCGUGGGACUGCCUGCAAGCACACCUGACGAGCUUCACCUACUCCUCGUGGGUUUACCUGCAGAACACGACCCUGGCCGUCACAGACUGGGCCUUGGCCAUGAUCUCUGGACGCUGAGCUGCUGCAGGGGCUGUGCUGGAGCCACCAGGGGGGCUGCGGCCCCCGGCAGCAUGGGGGGGCCCUCGGGCCGCACG